AUGCGUGCGCAUCUCUCACUCCUCACUGCCUUGAGAGCACAGAAACCCAAGUUCCUCCACUUGAACAAAUACGUUUCGGCAAGCGGGCUUGCUCACCGCGCCGGUCCGCAGCACAAACAGCGCACGACUGUUGAACCACAGACGUCUCUUCUCCACAGCGGCAUGGCCAACGAGCAGGCCGCUGGUAUCGCCACUAUGGAUAUCCAGCAAGACAUCACGGACAAGCUUGAUAAUCAAGCAGGUGGGAAACACGCCAGAGGUGGGCGGAAAGGCCGUGGUGGGCGAGGCGGCGGCGGCGGCGGUAACCGCUCCAGCGACGUUUCACGGGCGCUGUCACGACUAUUGCGGCAUCAAGCUGAGAAUGCGGGCAUUAAGCUCGAUGGCGAGGGAUACGCUCCUCUAGACAAAGUGCUACAAUGGGGUCCUCUUGCAUCUCUAGGCGUCACGCUCGCCGACGUGCAAUCCGUCGUCGCCACCAACGAGAAGCAGCGCUUCUCCCUCAAGCCCACCACCACCACCACUACCACCACCACACCCGCCUCUCCGGCAGCGCCCCCCUCCACCAACCCUGGCGACUACCUCAUCCGCGCCAACCAGGGCCACUCCAUCAAGCUCGAGUCCUCGUCGCUCCUCGUCCCCAUCACCACCGCCGACGCCGUCCCCGCGCGCGUCAUCCACGGCACCUACUACGCCUUUUGGGAGCCCAUUGUAGCCGCCGGCGGGCUAAGCGUCAUGGGCCGCAACCACAUUCACUGCGCCGCGGGCACGCCCGAGGAGGAGGGCACGGUGAGCGGCAUGCGCCGCGACGCGCAGCUGCUGAUUGAGAUUGACGUGGCGCGCAGCAUGGCGGCCGGCGUGCGAUGGUGGCGCAGCGAUAAUGCGGUGAUUCUGACAGAGGGCGACGACAACGGGCUGCUGAGCACCGAGUUCUUCAAGUCGGUGCGGGGGAGGCACGGGGAUGUGGGCAUGCUUUGGGAGAAUGGCGUUGCGGUGGCGGAGCUGCCGCCGGACGUGAAGAGGACGGUGCCCCACGGAAAAGGCCCGAGAGGAGGGGGGAGAGGGAGAGGUGCAAGGGGGCGAGGACUCGGGGGGAGGACAGACGGCAGUAGAGGUGGACAUCAGGAAUAA